AUGCAGAAAUCUAUGUCUGAUGACCCGCAUUCAUUCAGCAUAGAAAAUAUACACGGAAUAGAUAAUCUUAAUGACUUGCAUCUAAGCCAGUUGAACAACCAGUUACGAUAUGAACUACGAAAUUUGAACACAGAUGUCGACGUGGGGAUGCACAUAUCAGGAGAUGAAGAUGAUUAUGAAGAUGAUGUUGAAGAAGGAGACGAAGUUGAAGAAGCCAACACUAGUAACAUAAGCGAUACCAAUACCAGUCCACAUGAUCUGCUUAACAUGAAGCAUUCAUCCAAGGACAAUAUUAAUAGUCCGAACCAUAGUAUCGAGCACACUUUGAAUAGUGCAUUUAAUGGAAGUGACAGCGAACCUUUCAAGAACUAUAUCAAAUCAAUAGUCGAUCGUGGACAACGUGCGAACAAUCACUCUGAUAUCCCUAUGCAUGAUAGCAACGAAGAAGAAGAUGAUGAUGAUGAUGAUGAGAGUACUGUAGGCAUGCAUACCAUGGCGCAUAACGAACGAGAAGAAAAAAGUAAACAUUAUCAGUUACAAAGCACACCCACGAUAGAGCAACAAAAGAAUAGCAUGAUAGGACGAAAACCGCCCUUUGUUACACAUAUCAAAGAUCAACUAAAACAGAUCUCAGAAAAGGGUCGAAAUAUAAAAAAGAUGAAGCUUGGGAACCCCAGCGUGAAUCUCAGUGCAAAUAAUGUGAUGAAUGAACUAGGUUCCAUUAAGAAUCAAGUCAGCAAAAGCAACAAGAGGUCUAGUGGUGAUGAAAAUGAGAACUUGGUUGCUCAUAUAAAGAAGUGUUCUAGAUGCAGAAUGAAAAGAUUACAAGAAUCAUCUGACGACCUCGAAAAAUACCAAACAUGUAUGCAAUGUCGUGAAAGACGUAAGGUCAGGGACCGGAAGCCGAGAGUUUUGGUGAAGUUGCCAAACUUGUCGGAUGAUUGGAAAACUUUUAUUUCCAAGAUUGAGUUGAACAAUGUAAUUGAUUUACACCAGCAUAACUACCGGGCAUAUACAGACGAAAUCAGUUUCCCUAGGUAUCAGCCGGAAGAGCUAACUAUUCCUAUUAUUCAGUCGAUUGGAGAGAGAAUUGUGGAGAAAUAUAUUCACCCGUUACAAGACGUGACAGGGUUCAAGUUUGCGGUGAGAGACCACCACAAUCCGUCCUUAUUUGAUCACAACCGGGCAAAAAAGAUUACGUGGAUGUUCAUAUGUUCGCAGGACAAAUUUAGAAGACGGAAGAGCAGGAGUGAGAACAAGAGGCAAGUCUCGAACCGGCUGAAGACCGAAGAGUGCUGUUCCAAAAUAACACUCAGCUACGACCUGGUGUAUGGGAUAGUUCAAAUAAGCUACAACCACAAGCAUCACAGGCCACUGAAGGCGGUGAGCAGUGGAGAAUACAAAGUGGAUGGGGAGUCUUCUGAACAGGGCAACGGGAACAACAGUCUUGUCUCGUCAUACACCCGAGAGCACGUGCGUCAUCCUGUGAUAUCCACUAGAAGCGAGCAGCAUGGUCACGGCGUCAUAAGCAUCGAGGAUGGGGGCAAGGAGACGAUUAAGCGGCGUGAUGCCAAGGAAGAUGAGGAGGAGGAGGGCGGUAAAAAGCAUGACGCAGACCGGGAAGUGGUUGAGGCUGCUGCUGCUGCCGUCGCUGCCGUCGCUGCUGCUGCUUCGAGACACGGUGCCGAGGAGGAGGCGGACGGACAGUACGACGAAAGCAAGGUGUUUGACAACGAGCAGUUUGGCAGCAUCAACAUGCAGGUUGGAGACAUCAACAUGAUGGGUGUUGGGGACGACGUGGAUGUCGACGUUGGCGGUGUCGGUGUUGGCGUCGACGACGACGACGUCGACGUCGACAUCGACGUGGACGACGUGGCCGAGAUUGCCAAGUUGUUAAAGCAGGUCCAGCAGGCGCAGAGCCGCCGGCUGUCCGAGCUGAAAGAAUACGAGCACGACGACGACAACGACGACGACAACCACGACGACAACCACGACGACAACCACGACGACAACCACAACCACAACCACAACCACAACGACGACAACGACGACGACAGUCACAAGCCGUCGCAAGAGCGGUCCCACGCAGCAGACCCCCGUCCGCCGAACGGCCCCAAUCCGCUUGCCGACGUGAAGGACGAGCCGUCCCACUACCUCAUCAACCAGAGCCUUUUGGAGCAGGUCCGGGAGCAGGUCCGUGCCCACGCUGGGAUGGCAGACGUCGACGACGACCCUGUUGACGGGGUGGAUGCAGUCGAAGAAGACCAAGACGUCAACGGCUCUCACCGCACGUGA